AUGUCAGGAACCUGUGGCGUUUGCAAUGUUAAUUUAAGCUCUAGUAAGGCUUCGGAUGUGGUUGCAUGUUCCGGUAGCUGCAAAAAAUCUUUUCAUCUUGCCUGCAUAAAAGACGAUAGUGAGGAGACAAAAGUGCGUUCUGUGAAGCAAUGGAGAUGUAAAGACUGUCGUGAUUUCAAUAGUCUGAUUUCGGAUUCCAAUGCCAACAUUACCAAGGAUUUUAUGCGAAAGGUACUGGAAGGUUUCAGGAAUGACUUCUUCCGAGAACUUAAAUUAGUGAGAGAUGAAAUGGCAGGAGUGGUUGAAUCGAUUGGGUUCCUAUCAGAUAAGGUCGACGCAAACAAUAGCUUAUUGGAUGAACUAAGAAAGGACGUUACUAAACUGCAAAACGAAAACAAAUUUUUGCGAGCAGCCAAUGCAUCUGUUAAUGCGGCCAACGACGUCAUGCAAGAGCGGAUUAGAGCGUUGGAACAAUACACGCGACGUGACAACGUCGAGAUCAGCGGCGUUCCAGCGACAGCCAAUGAAGACGUGGUCAAACUGGUGAAAGACGUCGGAGGAAUGAUUGGAUGUGCAGUGGAUGAUGCACACAUCAUCGCGGCUCACCGUGUGCCCAGCUUCCGAAACGACCGACCGCCGUCCCUCGUCGUCCAUCUCAGCUGUCGAGCCAUCAGGGAUGAGUGGAUCAAACGUUUCAAGGAAAAUAGGAAUGCUGCCACUGCCGACAGAAUAAACGCGUCCUUUCCAAAGCAAAAAGUGUUUGUGAACGAGCAUCUUGCCCCAGUGAACAAAUUGUUUUUAUCCAAAUUAAAAAAGAAGUGCCGAGCCAUAGGGUACACGUACGUAUGGUUUCGUGAGGGAAAAUUCUUUGUUAGGAAAUCGAAUGGUGAGAGAUGUCAGAGAAUUGUGACCGAUGCUGAUAUUGAAAAUCUGAAGUAG